GUUUGCUGAAGGUGCCUUGCACCGUCUGGUUCUUUUUCAUGCUGCCGCAGGCCGCGCGGACGCCGAGGAAGGACUUUCCCUCCCUCGCCCUGCCCUGCCCGGGACGGAACUCCGCACGGUCUCCCCAGGGGACUCUACCGGGCCAUGGCCCCCGCUGUCCUCCCCGCCCGCGCACCGGGCGACAGGUGCUGCGGGCGCCGCCGCUCGCCUGGAAAUGCGAGCUACCUGGACAGGACCCACAGAAAAUCUCAGAACCCAGCCAUGGGCCGAAGACACCAUCAGGCAAACAGGUGAAGGUCUCUCGCCCACCCCUGUCCCGGAUGUGGAAGGAGGACCACGAGCAGACCCUGGCGGCGGCCUAUGUGCCGGUGGUGGUGGACCCCAGGGGGCAGAACCCGGACAAGAUGAGGUUCAAUUUCUACACCUCCCAGUACUCCAACUCCCUGAACCCCUUCUACACCCUGCAGAAGCCUACCUGUGGCUACCUGUACCGUCGGGAUACUGACCACACCCGCAAGAUCUUUGAUGUGCCUGCCGCCAACCUGGUCUUGUGGCGCAGCUAGGCCCGUGCCGAUCGGAAGCCCCCUGCCCCGCACCCUCACCCUCAGGACCCCAGGCCCCAGAGGGGAAGAGCUGGUCACUCCAGGAGGAGUGGCCCGUGCCUGGGCUAGGAGAGCUGUGCCCUGCCCACUUGUCAACAAUGGUAAAGGGAGGCUUCUUUUCUCGGCAGCAAUUAAAGAUUGUCCUUUCUUUCCCUGGCAUCUGAGUGGGUGGCUCUGGGUGGCUAAACUGAGACUGGGAGGGUUUUGUGCAGUGAGGCUCUGUCCAGAGGUGCGUGAAGAGCUGGAAGGACUUGACUCUAAUCCCUGCACCCCAAGAGUAACCCUAACCCCCCAUCUGACUCUGAGUCCCAAGCAAUGC